AGAGGAAGCGCAGACAGGCUGUCACCCCAGGUUGGCCGCAGUGAGGAGGGGAGAACGUUCCUCCUGGGACACGAGCUGCUGGAAAGUUCCUGUGUCUGGCUCACUGGAUUUCAAAUCUAAAGAAGACAGAACCUUGUGCCUGCCUGCCCAAGCCUCUUACUGGUGCUUUUAGUGGCCCCGGGUCUGAGACUCCGACCUUCACUGCACGAUCGAGGGUCUCUAGGGUUCCCACAGCCCUAGAACCAUCCAGCUGUGUGAAUCCAGGGUGCUGUUCCGCCUGAGUGUGAGGACUGGCUGGUUAGCAACAAAACAAGUGCCCUCUGGGGCCUCUGGCAGAGGCCCGAAGCUGGAACCAUCAGGGAAUAUGAGUGAAUUUUGGCACAAACUGGGCUGUUGCGUGGUAGAGAAACCCCAGCCGAAGAAGAGGAGAAGACGAAUUGACCGCACCAUGAUCGGGGAACCAAUGAAUUUUGUCCACUUGACCCACAUCGGCUCAGGAGAGAUGGGGGCUGGAGACGGGCUUGCCAUGACCGGUGCGGUUCAGGAGCAGAUGAGAUCCAAGGGAAACCGGGACAGACCGUGGAGCAAUUCUAGGGCCUUGUAGCUCCCACGGGCCUGGCUCUGCAGUCUUGGCGUUCCCAUUCCGUGUCCAGCCCAGAAGAAAUGCUGCCCACACCAGAUCCCUUCCACAACCAGUGACCCAAGGGCCCCACCUCCCCCCCUCUUCCUAACAAGUGCCUCCCACGGCAUGGGGGCUGGACUCCCUCUCCUCCCUCUGGCCUCUGCCCUCCUGGAGAUGGGCUCAAGGCAGCAGGACUGACCACUUGACUACUGGUGGGCCAGAGGAGCUCAGCUGCCCUGGGCACCCUAGAUCUGAGCUGGGGGUUCUCUGGGAACCUGGAAUGAGUUCCCUGCUCCGGAAUGAAGGUCGGGUGCCACCUGUUUAAACUUCUUGCCUUUACUUUUUAAAUGAGGCAGGUAGGUGAGGGGACCACAGCUGCCUCCUUGCCCUCUUUCCUUCUGGAAUGAGCAAUGCAGAGUCCAAGGGGCGGGGUUACCAUUGCCCAGUACACCGCUGGAUUUCAGAUGAAAACUCACAGCCCUCCAUGUCUCUGCUGGCACCAGGGUCUUGCUCCAGUUAGGCCUCUAAUUCCGUGCUUCUGUAGUAUUAAUAGCUUCCCAGAAAUAUUCUCUUUUUUUAAUUAAAAUUUUAAUUUAA